ACCCUACAAUCUAUAAUGCCUACACUGGAUCCGAACACUCCACCCCCGCAUGGCUGCUUCAUCGCCAACGAGUAUUCCGCCGGCAAAGGCACCUCGUGGAAACUCACCAAUCCCAAAAAUAGCCAACCAUUCCACGAACUGACCGGGGCGAGUUCUGAGCAAGUUCACGAAGCCGUUGACGCAGCGACUCACGCUUUCCAUACUGGCGAAUGGUCGCGUUGCACCGGAUACUCGCGUGGACGGUACCUCACUCAACUCGCAGAUUUAAUCGAGGAAAACGGACAUGCUCUGGCGACCUUCGAGAGUCUGGCAUCGGGUCGACCCAUCUCGAUGGUUCUGAAGAGCGAUGUCCCCCGCGUCGCUGAAGUUUUCCGAUAUUACGCCGGCUGGGCUGAUAAAAUACGGGGCGAUUCCUUCCCCGCCGAGGACGGCUUCUAUAAGAUAGUCGAGCAGAAACCACUGGGAGUCUGCGCAGCCAUCACGGCCUGGAAUGCUUCGUUGCAUUUUCUGGCCUGGAAGGUCGGCCCGGCUCUUGCAUUGGGCAAUACGGUCAUCAUCAAGCCGAGCGAAAAGUCUCCCUUGGGCACGUUGGCGUUUGGGUCGCUAGUGCAGGCCGCUGGCUUGCCGGCUGGUGUGGUGAAUAUCCUUUCGGGAGAUGGCACGAUAGGAGACCUCCUCGCUCGGCAUGGCUCGGUACAGAAAGUCUCCUUCACGGGGUCUCUAAAAACAGGCCGAAAGAUUCAAAUAGCCGCGGCUCAGUCCAACCUGAAGCGAGUGACGUUGGAGCUCGGGGGCAAGUCGCCUGCGAUUGUAUUCGAAGACGCAGAUCUUCCAACAGCGCUGACAUGGUGCGUCCGAGGCAUCACGGUCAACAGUGGGCAGAUAUGUGCGGCGACGUCGCGGCUCCUUGUGCAUGAAAGCAUGGCCACGGAGUUUGUUCAGAGACUACAGAGAGAGUUCGAUGCGAUCGCUCAAUCCCUCGGACAGGAUCCGCAGGAAAUGACAACUACCUAUGGACCAUUGGUCGACCGGGCGCAGUAUGAGAGCGUGGCUAGCUACGUUGGAGACGAAGAGCAACGAAGGCAGUUGCUUGGUCGGCCCCUCGAAGACGGACAUUACAUGCCUCCUAUUGUGAUUCAAAGCCCAUCGCAUGACUCGCCGGUGUAUCAGGAGGAGGUGUUUGGCCCUGUUCUCUGCGUGGAGAGCUUUGCGACUGAAGACGAGGCACUUCGGAAAGCCCAUGAUACUGAGUACGGUCUAGCCGCCUCUAUCUACACGCAGAAUCUCAAUCGCGCCGUUCGCAUCUGGCAGAAGAUUGGCGCAGGCAGUGUCUACCUCAACUGUGCGGCUGUUGUUGGUCCGCAGGUUCCUUGUGGCGGUUUUCAAUCGAGUGGACUGGGGAGGGAGUUGGGCGAGUAUGCCCUGCGACAUUAUGCAGAGCCGCGUACGAUUUGGAUCAAUAUUGGUCGCUAGGAGCCCUGACUAUACCAUGGAGCUAUAUAUAUUCAUAGAUACAUAUAUAUUGUGUACGGGAACAAACCCUCACAAUCUCAGAACAGAAGUAUUUCCGAAAAACGGACCCUAAAUCAAUCAGAUUAGAGCAUUGCAAAGAAAAAAGAUUCAAAUUGCGGAGUACCAUCUGAAUGUUCUGACGCCCUCGGAUUCGCCAUUCUCGAGAGGUCCGAUUUUUGACCCAAAAAUCCUGAUACGUGCCCCAUGUCCACAACGCCUACGACCGUCAGCCAUGAACCAUAGAAUGUAGUGUUUUGAAGUAAAAAAGAAUCAAACAAUCUAACCUCGCCAUACAUGU